AUGUUCUCUCUACGCUUUCUUUCUUUCGUUCUUUCUUUCUUUCUUUCUUUCUUUCUUUCGUUCUUUCUUUCUUUCGUUCUUUCUUUCUUUCUUUCGUUCUUUCUUUCUUUCUUUCUUCUACAAUUGUCACCUGCUUUAUUUCUAUUUUUUAUCAAUUUCAAAGAUACAGUUAUUUUCAUACUUUCUUUGUCGAUUCAUUCAUUCAUUCAUUCAUUCAUUCAUUCUUUUCUUUCGAAAUAUUUUCUUUAUUAUUGUCUGUUUUCUAUUUUUCUUCCUGUUCUCUUCUAUUAUUCAGUAAUUUUUUGUUGUUUUCUUUCCUUCGUUCUCUCUUUCUUUCUUUCUUUCUUUCUUUCUUUCUUUCUUUCUUUUAUGCCUGAAUUUUCUUUCUUUCUUUCUUUCUUUCUUUCUUUCUUUCUUUCUUUCUUUCUUUUUUUCUUUCUUUCUUUCUUUCUUUUAUGCCGUAAUGUUUUCGUUAUUAUUGUCAUUUUUUCUAUUCUUUUCUCCUCACCUCUCUUUUUAGUGAAUUUUCUUUCUUUCUUUCUUUCUUUCUUUCUUUCUUUUUCUUUCUUUCUUUUAUGCCUGAAUUUUCUUUCUUUCUUUCUUUCUUUCUUUCUUUCUUUCUUUCUUUCUUUCUUUCUUUUAUGCCGUAAUGUUUUCGUUAUUAUUGUCAUUUUUCUAUUCUUUUCUCUCCUCACCUCUCUUUUAGUGAAUUUUCUUUCUUUCUUUCUUUCUUUCUUAAUGAUUUUCUUUAAUAUUCCCUUUUUCUAUUCUUUUUUCUCUACUCCCUUUUCGCGAUUUUUUUCUUUCCCUUUCUUUCAUUCAUUCUUUCAUUUAUUCGUUUCUUUCUUUCUUUCUUUCUUUCUUUCUUUCUUUCUUUCUUUCUUUGACCUAAUCUUUCCUUCAUUAACAUCUUUUAUUCUGUCUUUUCUCUUUCUUUUUCACAAUCUUCCUACUGAAUUCCCCUUAUCGAAUUUUUCCCUGUCCUUUUCUCGUGUUUCGAUUUCGCGUAGUAAUUCUUUCUCCGUCUCAUCUGAUCCCAGUUCAUAUUGCGCCUCGGAAAACUCACAGCAGGCAAGACCGAACGCGAAAUGUCAAGGAAUUUUCAAACCUGAAAAUUUCCCAUCACGCUUCAGUGCUUGGACAUGGCCGCGGCUGGCGGAUAACAUCGUCGAAUCCCGACAGAAGCCGAUGUGA